GAAGUUUAGUGUUGAGUCGCGCGGGGUCGCGGUCGACGCGUGUUCGUCCCGCUCACGGACGUUAUCGUCUUACGAAACGUUUAUAAUAAAUAUAAAUAACAUCAAUAAAUACUAUAAAAAUUAUUAAAUAAUAUUCAUCGAUUUAAUAAAUUUAAUUCACGUUUAAAAUAUUAAACUAUAUUUUAUAUCGAAUUUACGUGCUACAGUGUCUGAAAAGUUGAUUAGAGCAGUGCUUUCAGUGUCUGUACUACUCUGUUGUGUUGGAUGAAAGGGAAAGUAAGCUUCGCCAGUGUAAAGCUUUGUUUUGUUUUCGUGGGUUUCUCUGAUACAAAGUAGAGCGAAUUAACUAAAUAAAAUCGCUUCGAUAUCUUGUGUAUACAAGAAUAUUAUAAGUGUUGAACAAACAGGCUUGCCACCCACGUACCUCGAUAACGCAGCAUCCCGUCCACAGAGAAAUUAAUCUGGCACACGGUAACAGGAAGCAUGCCGAUAACGUGGUGGUCGCUAUAGCCGCAGCCGCCACGCCGACACUCCCCCAUUGCUCUAAUAUGCUAAGAUGACCACUUCCUUUAGACAGCGAGUGACCUCGUAAAACUACGAAUUAAACCCGCAUCUUAGAUAUGUAGUUAGUUACCACACACGAUAUCAAUUGGAGUAAAGAUUCCACCAAAGUUUAACUACAAUAAAAUGGAGGCCAUUCAUACAAAGCCAAAUUGCGUCUCAAAGAAGAAUGCACAAUUAUAUCUAGGAAAUAUAAGUAAAGGAAUGUCUAACGAUAUGUAUAAAUGUGAAGUAACGACUGAAGUAGAUAAAUUUAGAUUACGAAAAGAAAGAUGCGAAUUGCAAAACGAAUACGAAAAUCGAUACCCAUUUUCGAAUCGUGGAUUACAUAAUGAAGAAAGUGAUUCUGGGAAUGAAUUGAAUAUCAGAAAGAGUGUAUGGGCCGUACAUGGUGAUACAACGCGGGCCGCGAAUUCUAAAUCGAAAAUCGUGCUUGGAUCGAGGCAUUGGACUGCUUCUUUCGGGAGGACAAUAAGUGGUCAAGUGCGCGUUAUCGUCCUCUUGGGAUUGUUGUUGUUGUCGCUGGCCGCAAGCAGCGCGGCGCCCACAAGAUCAGACAGGAGUACACACCACUCCAAAUCUGUGAGAAGUUACCUGCAGAACUUCGGCUACUUAAAGAAGGGGCAGCCAGAGAUGGCAAACCUGUUGAUGGGCGACGUCGCGCAGUCAUACGAAGACGACUUCAGGAUUGCUAUCAAAACUUUACAGGAAUUUGGUGGCAUUCCUGUUACGGGUGAAAUUGAUGAAGCAACAAAAGAAUUGAUCAAAAAGAAACGUUGCGGUCGACCAGACAGGGAAGAGGGUGACAUCGAGGAUGGUAGAAGGAAAAAGCGGUUCGCUGUGCAGGGAGAAAAAUGGAAAUAUACCAACUUAACAUGGAGCCUGUCGUCGUCGCGGCGGCCAUCGCAGCUAGACCCGCACGUGACGCGCAGCGUUCUGGCGCGUGCUCUCGACGUGUGGCAGCAGGCCUCCCGCCUCACCUUUACAGAAGUCAACUCAGACGACGCGGACAUCGUCGUCUCCUUUGCAAAGCGUUACCAUGACGACGCGUACCCAUUCGACGGGCGCGGCUCUAUACUUGCCCACGCGUUCUUCCCUGGCUCGGGCCGCGGAGGUGACGCACACUUUGACGAUGACGAGCUCUGGCUGCUGCAGCCAAAGAAUGACGAUGAAGACGGUACAUCCUUGUUCGCGGUGGCUGCCCACGAAUUCGGUCACUCUCUAGGCCUCAGCCACAGUUCCGUCAAAGGAGCUCUUAUGUUUCCUUGGUAUCAAGGUAUCCAGCCUAAUUUCGUAUUGCCAGAAGAUGACCGCAACGGUAUACAGCAAAUGUAUGGCUCAAAAGAAACUGAAAGAAAAUGGGGGAAGAUACCUUACUACCGACCGAUAGAAACCCCACCACCGACAACAACAACGACUACCACCACGACUACAACAACCACAAGAAGACCUUACAUCCAUCAUCACCAUAACACGCACCAAGGUCAUCACCCGAACCAUCGACCUUACACGCCGUACCCGCGCAAUCCGAAUUUAUAUCCUAAGUAUUAUCCUGAAAAACCAAGUAGCCCCGAAAGACCUACCUACCCAGAGAGACCAACCUAUCCGGACAGACCUUCUUAUCCGGAUAGACCGAGCUACCCCGAUAGACCAAACUACCCAGAUAGAACGAAUGUUCCGACAUACUAUCCGGAACGUCGUCAUUAUAACGCAACUGAGGAGCAUCCUCGCAGAAAUCACAAUCAUUAUCCUAGACCGACAGAAACCACAACUCAGACUACCACCUACCGCCCUCGCUACCCGCACAUUCGUCCGGAAUAUCCGACCUACCCACGGGCUAACAGUCCGAGCGACCCGCGGUACAAGCCGCACUACCCCGUGAAGACGACUGCAAAGCCGCGCCUCACGCCGACCCGCGCGCCGCAGCACACCACGCCGGCUCCGGACAAACCGGAUGCUUGCAAUACCAACUACGACGCUGUUGCACUCAUACGCAACGAACUCUUCAUAUUUAAAAAUAAAUAUCACUGGAGGAUAGGAGCCUCCGGACACUACCCGAACUAUCCCAUUGAAAUUAAUAGGAUGUGGACUGAACUGCCGAGAAAUCUGACACAUGUUGAUGCUGUGUAUGAAAGACCUGAUAGAAAAAUCGCUAUUUUUGUAGGUAAAGAGCUAUAUUUAUUCGACUCCCAAUACCUAGUGACGGGAUAUCCAAAACGCUUGAGAGAACUUGGCUUGCCGGAAAGCUUGGAGAAAUUAGACGCAGCUAUGGUAUGGGGACAUAAUGGCAAAACAUACUUCUACAGCGGCUCCGUCUAUUGGAAGUUUGAUGAAGAUGUAGGGAGAGUGGAAUUAGAUUACCCACGCGACAUGGCCAUGUGGAAAGGCGUCGGAUACAACAUUGACAGUGUGUUCCAAUGGAAAGACGGUAAAACUUACUUCUUCAAAGGCAGAGGUUAUUGGAAAUUCAACGACCUGCGUAUGAGAGUCGAGCAAGAGCGGCAAUUACCUUCGGCGCCAUUUUGGAUGGGCUGCCCCACCGAGCGCGCCGGCAGGCGGGAACCAUUCAGAUCUCUACCCGCACCAGGAUCCACGUUACGAUCGCCGAGCUCUGCUGCCGUCUCUCAUAACAAAACUAUCUUAAAUUGCGUUUUCAUUGCAAUACUGACAAUCUUACGAUAUAAUUUGUAAAUAUUAAGCCGUGGAGACUUCUAUAAUCUACCGACCUUUUCUACUAUUCUGUGUAAUAGCGAUUUUUUAAUAUACAUACGAGUAAAGUAUCUUAUACUAUAAACAACUUCAAAAGUUACAUAAUAUUAAAAUAGUAUUAAUCUUUUAAUAAUCUUUUAAAUCUCGAUUGCGUAUUUAUAUAAUUAUAACAGGGCUUGUAUAGGAAUAAUGAUCGUAAUAAUUUAAUCAGACUGGUUUUUUUUAUGUGGACUAAUAAUAAACAAAAAUGUACAUACGGAGUAAAAACAUCUGUCAACAUCUACCAAAACAACAAGUACAUAUCUAUGAAUGUCUGAAGAACUAAU